AAAUGGUGCGGUUGGCAUGUAGGUUUAGUUGCAAACGUCUCUAACCCACUUAGCUUCUGCUAUAUAUGUAUCAUGUAUGCUGUUUGCUCAGCAAUAAACGAAAAUGGCUAUGACAAUAUACACUCCUCCAAUGGCAGAAAACAACCCUUCUGGGAAUUCCACCACUAAGAGAGAGAGACAACAAAUUUCCAUUCCAUUUAUCUGGGAAGAAAGACCAGGAAUACCAAUAAAGGAUUGGAAACCAACGCCUAUGGCUACUACUAAUACGUUUACAUUUACACCCCAAGUUAAGCUCAUCGCCUCUGUCCCCUUUGAAUGGGAAGAAAAGCCAGGAACACCACGUCCUUUCUUCUCCCAUACAUCUCCACAGGAAAAUAUCAUUGGCUACCCUUCAACUGUUCGAGAUUUGCAAGAAAGUGGAGGCAACUUCUGGGCUGGCAUAGGCGAUUACAUCAAUCAGCAUGGUUAUCAUGAAGAAAAUGAGAUGUCAGAAUCAGAAGUUGAGGCAUCUGAUUCUGAAUCAACAUAUGAAUCCUUCAGCUCAGCCCCUUCCCUCCUAGCUAAUGGUCUCGUACCAACUGUGGACAUUUCAGGGGCUAUUCCUGUGGAGCAAGCUUCUCCGACAGCAGACAUACACGACAGCCAGCUGAAGAGUCCUCUUUCACCAACUUCUGAAACCGGCAGCAGCGCUCUCAGUUAUGCAACCGGAACGACAAGUCUAGUUGGGCCUGCUUUGCUGGAAAAGCUCUUUCCUCUGUUAUCACCUAAUUCAAGCUUUCUUCAAAACAGCAGCUACCCUGAAAAAGGAGGUUCGCAUGAUCCUCCAAAAGCACUUAACAACAAUCUAGAUCGCGUCAACUGCAGCAUCAAAAUAAGGCAUCCACUAACUCUAGGCGAGCUAAUAAUGAUGAGCCGACGAAGAAGUUACCAGAGGAAGACCGUACAAAUGCAGAAGCAGAGCGUCUCUAAGGAACUGAUGGACGAUAAUGCUUUUGGAUGCUGCAUCUUUGGAAUUGGCAAUAGCAUCGGAGAGCUGCACAACAAGUGGAAGAGGCAAUUUCAACUCAAACUAAUCUGAAAGAUGCGCAUCUUGAUUCACAGUUGGGCACAACUUUGGAAAGGGCUAAGUUAUACCAUGUCACCUUGAAAGUCAUCUCUGUUAUCCAUGCUCAAUUUUAAACUUGUGAAAUAUGUAACACUCUACCGUACUGCUUGGAAUUGUAAAUUGGUAACAUGAGUGCAACUUUUGUA